AUGAAAAACCCCAGUUGGAUUAGAAAGAACUGGCUUCUUGUGGCCGGGGUGACUUUUGUAGGUGUCCAUCUUGGAACAUAUUUUAUGCAGAGAGCUGCAAAAGAGUCUGUGAGGUCUCAGUCCAGAGACAAACAAAAGAAUAUUGAAGAAUGAAGCAAAAUAAAUAC